UGCUGCAAAACGCGCGUUCUUCUAAUUUGUUGCUAAUGUUUUUUUGGGAGUGGUUUUGUUUGUUAAUUUGACUUGUUUAUUUACCUUGAGCUUAUCGGCUCCGAUUGCGUUAAUUACUCUAGAUUUACGAUGAAAUCGUGGGAGAUAGCUGUGGUGCUAUUCGCCGCUGUUUACUUGUGUUCGCAAGUAAACUUCGUGGCCGGUUUGGAGUGCUAUGUGUGCUCCAACCAGACUGGCAACACGGAGAAGUGCCUGAACACCAUCAAGACCUGCGAGCCCUUUGAAAACGUCUGCGGUACGGAGAUCCGCUGGGGAUCACAGCCGUACUUCUCGGAGGGUGCCCUGAAGCAGUACUACGUGUCCAAGAGGUGCAUGACCAAGGAGCAGUGCCAGUCCAAGAGGAAGCGCUAUAUGCAACUGUACUGCACCCACAUUUGGUACGAAGAUUGGGCAUGCAACGAGUGCUGCAAGGGUGAUCGGUGCAACUACUUUGUGAUUAGUGGCGCUCCUUCAAGACAAGGCUAUGGAGUCUGUUUAACCCUGCUCACCGCACUUUUAGGACUUGGAUCUUGGCUUAUUCCACGCUCUUAGCCUCAAGAGCCUUUGCUAUACCAAGCACAUUUCGCGUUUUGUAUUAUUUAAACGAAGCCGUCCAUAAGCUAAGUAGAUUCCACACUCCAUUUAAAAGUAUACCAUCCAAGAGCCUUGACUCAGCUGGGAAGUAAUGCCAAUUACUAUCCUGAUGCCUUGUGAAGCGAAGUUUCCUUUUUAAUACUUUACAUACUGUCAACAAGGUACAUUUUAUUUGUAACAUGACGAGCAAUUGUUUUUCUUGUACAUUUUAAAACUUUUAUUCAUUUUAACGUGUCAUAAUUCUUUACAUGCAUUCAAGUUUUUUAGAUCUUUCAUGUUUGUGAGACAGUUUUUAUACUCGUGCAUCAAUGACAACAAGAGCUAUUUUGAUUAUUGCUUCAUUUCGAAUUUUACUGAUGAACACGACUUGCGGGCACGAAAUUUCCUAGACAAGUUAUCCAAGAGAAAGCUCAAACAUGUACAUUAAGUUAUGUCUACUACAUAUAAGAAUCGAAAGAAUGCCUUACAAAUAAUAAUCUGUUUCAUAUCGAAUCUCCCCCACAAUAAAGCAACUUUGUCGUCUUUUUGGCGCUUUAAUA